ACAAAAGACUCCAGAGCACUGACUGCAAUUCCAUCUCAGUUUGCUAGAGCAAUCCUGUCGUCAGGACUUCCGUGUGCGUUUGCUUGGAGAGCUGACCUGUGCACUGGAAUAUUGGACUGACUGGAAUAUUUUGCCGCAUAGUUCUCGAGCAUCUCGAGUAAAUCAUCAGUACUGACAAUAUUCCAUCGACUGAAAAGCGAGAGCAUCGAUGGGUGCUCUCGGGAACGGGCGGCGAGUCGGCCGGUCUCCUCCACUACUGAUUGCUGCUUUGACCACAUGCAUCCUCGUCUUGGGAUUUAACUACUGGGUGGCGAACUCCCGCAACACGGAACUACAGGCGCAAGUGUAUGAGUUGGAAACGCGUGUGCGGAGAGGUGAGGCAGAUAGAGAGGAGGUCUCCCAGAGAUGGGAGGAGGCGGAGGAGACGAUGAGACGCCAGAGUCAGCAGAUCAGAGAGCUCGAGGAGCAGCAUCAGAGACAAGAGGCCACGCUUCACAUCAACGUAUCAUCUUGCUCCAAAACCGUACAGGACGUGAAGAACCAGCUGAAGUCUUCGCUUGAUAAUUUGGAAAAGCUUCGGAAAGAGUUGCAGACGUGUCAAAGCUCUGUGAACACACUCAACAACAAACUCACUUAUGACACUGCCCAGUGUAACACACAGAUACUGGCCUUGAAGGAGGACUGUGAGGAGAGGAUGGCUGCAGCUGCAAAGGAUGCUCAGAAAAAGCAAGAGAAGAACCUACAGACAAAUCCUGCCGUGUCUCCCCAGAAAGACGCCCCACUCAGUGUCGGCAACCUUAAGGCCAAUAAUGAGGAUUCAGCCAACAGGACAGCCCAGGCCGAACAGCCCACCCCGUCGGUGGCAGAAACGCAGGCUGACCAAGCCCCGAACCUCGCCGAGCUGAAGAGCAAUGACAUCGUGGUAAAUGAUGGUGCAACACCCACUCAGAGGACGCCAGCUGCUGAUGUGAAGGACAACGCCAUUGCUCAGGAGCUGGGCGGGGACAUGAGUGUGAUUGGCCAGAAGGAUGAGCAGCCCCCCAAGGCCACUGCCAAUCCUGACGCAGCGAAGGCCGCAAAACUCUCACUGACUGGAGAGGAUGCUCUGAUGCCUGGUGAAGGCCCAGUGGAGUACACAGACCAAACGGAGGCAGACAACACAGAGAAAGAGGGAGGUCUUGACAACCUUGAUGACUAUGAAGAGAACGAGCCGGAAUCUGAGGACGACAAACAGGCAGCCCUUGCCCUGGACUGAGACCACACCAUAUACUCACUUGCGCACUCAAUUGCACACACACACACACCACAGAAGGUGAGGUUACAAGCAUUUCCUGAGGCUUCCAGUGUAGCCUCUCACUUUUCAACUGGGCCCAUGGCCUCACUCCUGGACUCGUAUCAAGAACUCAUCUGACUUGAUGUGAUUGAUUUUUUAGUUUGGUUGUAGUCAACUUUUUCUUUACUUUGAAGAGUGGCUUAAGAUAAAUGGAUGGCUUUUCAGAAGACUAAAUUAAGAGGGAGGCCUCGUUGUGGAUCACAAACAAAUUCCCACUCCAUCAAACGAAGCUGUGGGCUCUGAUUCAAGCCCAACCCAACUGGAGUCCAAUUUGAAGACAAGACACUGUAAAUCUUUUUAUAUUAAUUACCAAGUCUUUUAUUCAACAUUGAAAUGAACUUCUGUAUGAAAUUGCGUAUUAGGCAGCUGGGAUGACUGACUGUUAGAUGUUUGUAUGUUUAUUUGUGUUGUUGAAAGAUGAAGUGAUGUCUUUGGAGUGUUGAGGAGAAUAAACAACCUUCAGGGGGGUUCUGA